AGGAGGCUGGAGAGGCCAGGCACACCGCGUGAUCUACCAGCGUUCAUUCGGUUAAACGCAACCGAACGUUAAAGCUGUCGGUCUAAAGGUAACGGAAGGCGCCGGAGAGUGGUGUCCACGCGCGUCCCGAGCAAUGGCGUCGGCGCGCGGCUGCCUCGGAUAGAUGGGCUGCGCGUCCGGCUUUUAUGAUAAAACACAUCGAGAUAUACAAAUGUAACUUUAAGAUCCCGUUUCCUGACGCGGCGUCGGGAGUUCCGGCUCUACUGUAACUGGUUAGAUGAUGGAUAUAGACAGCGGGGAGUUAUUCUGUGCAGCUCGCGGAUUAUUAUGAACACGCCAGGCUAAAGCUAAAGGAGCAGUCGAGCACAUGCGGAAGCGCACGCCUCUCGUUGAAGGCAGCAGAAGUGAAGAGAGGAUCUGGUGCUCAUCAACCAUGAGGAAAGCCGUCAGACAGUGGCACUGUCAACCCAGCAGAAAGCUGCUUAUUCCUCUUCUGAGCUUGGCCCUGAUUUCGUUGGUCCUCUUCAAGCUGCCUGUGUUUCACUCGGAGCCGAAGCCCGUGGAGGUUCCAGUGGACCCCGUCUAUAGGAAGCGUGUCCAGAUGUUUGUCCGAGACAUCCUGGCCCAAGAAUGCAGACCAUCUUUUGCCCGACAGAGAAUGGAAGCUGAACGCUACAGCUCCACACCAGUGCUAGAGCCCUUCUUGGACAAGAACACGCAUCUAAAUAAAGAAAUAUUCCAAUAUCCCCCACCGUUUGGUUUCCUGGACAUGAAGGACAAGCUUCAGCAGAUCCUGGACCUCCUUCCAGCCUCUUCUGAGGAGAGACGUGGAGGAAGAGACUGUCGCCGAUGUCUGGUGAUUGGAAACGGAGGGAUACUGAAAGGACUGGGACUCGGAGCUCUUUUUAAUCGGUUCGAUACCGUCAUUAGGCUGAACAGCGGGCCUGUGCGAGCUUUCAGUGCAGACGUGGGGAACCGGACCUCCUUCAGGAUGAGUUACCCGGAGGGCUCCCCGAAGGUCUGGGAUGACAUGGAUUCAGAUCUCAGAUUUGUGGCUGUGAUCUAUAAGUCUGUGGACUUCCACUGGCUCCGUGCGAUGAUCACCAGGACGUCCGUGUCGCUGUGGAACUGGCUGUUUUUCUGGCAGGACGUGCCGGCGAGUCUCCCGCUCAAGGCCUCCCAGUUCCGCUUGUUGAAUCCAGAGAUUAUUAGAGAGACGGCUUUCGAUCUUCUCCACUAUCCCGGUGUUAGAGCGCGCCUCUGGGGCACGGACCAGAAUGUCCCUACUUUAGGAGUGUCUGCGCUCAAUCUGGCAACGUACCUGUGUGACGAGGUGAGCUUAGCAGGCUUUGGCUACAACCUCAGCCAGAAAGACGCUCCUCUCCAUUACUACGACCACACACUCAUGGUGUCCAUGCUGAAGGAAGCCACGCAUGAUGUUCAGACCGAGACGGUUCUCCUCAAGCGUCUGGUCACGUCCGGCGUUAUUUCUGACCUCACGGGAGGAGUCCACUGCAGCUUCUGUUCAAGAUGACUGGGUUCUGGUGAACGGUGAGGGAAACUGUGAAAGAGGUGCUGCUGAGAACUCAUCUGAUAUUGAUGAUCUGACCCUGACUCUGUUUUUUAUCAAAUCAAAAGAAAUAUCUCAAAACGAUUAAGGUUUUAGAUUAAAUUCAGAUUUUAAGUUUUAAUGUCUUUUGUUUUAAAAAGCUAUUUUGCCAAAGUAAAAUAUUUUAUUUAAAGCAAUUUGAAGGAUGAUCAGUGUCCUCUUUUUGUUUGUGAUAUUUUUUUUUUAUUAAUAAGCAUUAAAAUGUGAGCAGAUUAUAGCUGCCUGAACAUAUGAAGUAAUAUAUUUUGUCAUUUUCACGAUGCAUAUUUUUUGUCUGUAUUAUGUGUUUUGGUUAUCAGUGCAAUAACUGUACUUUUCCAAUAGAUGGAGUCGUUGUUGUGGAAAUACACUGAACAGUCUAGUAAAUGUCUGCUAAAAUGAAGUGGUGUUCAUCUUUUCCUUAUUCUUCAUGUAAGAUCACUAAAUUGUCCCAGACUGCAUUCACCAUGAAACCUGGGGUCCUAAAGUUUCUUUUCUGACUUGUCUUUUCACUGACUGAUCUCCAGCUAAAGACUUUUAACCGCUCGUUGUUGGGAUGAUUAACAGUAUCUGUCUUUUCUAGAGUGCAAGAUGUAGCUUUUGUCUCAAAAGAACUUCACAGGAUGAGUUUGAAGACUAAUGUGUUUGGGUUGUUUUUAAGUAUUGAAGAAAUAUUACUCACUGAUCCUGAACUGUAAGAAAGUAUUGAGGUUUACACAUUAGUCGGUAACUGAUUUCAUGUUCUCAAAGCAGUUUUACAGAGAAGCGUGUGUCUUUUAGUUAUGCACUUUUGUUUGUGUUUCAUCAAGGUUGUUUUUUAAAUGCUUUACACAAUAAUUAAUAAAAAUUUUAAAUAAAA